AUGUUUGCGGUUCCUGAAGUCGACGAUAACAUUGAAAUUUCCAUUCCGAUAGAAACUACAAAGUCGAUUACACAACCCGAAGCAACAAUAGAAUCUUCUAUAUCUCCACCAUCACCGCCUUCAGCUUCACUAGUUGAACAAAUAAAAAAAAAUCCAAUUAAAAUGCCUAUACCUCCAGCAACAGUAUCUUCUAAACAACAUCAUUCUCGUCGAAGUCUUUUCCAUCGAAAUACAAUUCAUAUAUGUGAUCAAAUUGUCGAUCGAAUUACAUUACAUCAACAACAUCAUUCAGCUCCACCAUCACAAAAUCAACAACAGUCAAAAAUAGGUUUACAAUCUAUUAAUGAAAAUGUAGAAUAUUUAUCUACAAAUGGAAUAAAUGAACAAAGACAAAAUAUAAUUAAUUCUCGUUUUCCUCGUUCGAAUACAGUUCCUUAUCCAGUAUAUGCAACAUUUCGAAAGAGUCCUGGAAAUACUCUUCCUUCAAAUUAUUAUUACAGUGAUUAUCCAACAAUUAUUCAAGGAACAGUUUCACCCGAACAAGCAAAUACAUACUAUAACAUAAGACAACCACUUUCAUCAAUAAAUACUAAUUUUCAACCAAUAUCACCUUAUCAUCAACAACAACAACAACAACAACAACACGGUAAUCGACCUGUUGAUAUUCUUAAACCAACAUUUUUAAUUGUACCAAAAGAAGCUGAACAACAAUUAACAGCUCAACUUUCAAAAUCUAAUUCACCUAUACCAACAACAAAUACUACUAUGAAAUCACCAUCAUCAUCAUCUAAAUCAACAACAAAGAAAAUUGAUACAAAAAAACAAGAAAAAAAACCUAUUAUUAAAGAACAAUCAUUACCUAAUGUUCGAAAUGUUGAAAUUCAAACCAAUAAUCAUUCACCAACUAGAGCAACAACAACAGCAGGAGUAACAAUUAUGGAUAAUACACAUCAACAUGUUGGUGUAAUAGCUACACCUAAUCCAUCACCAUAUGUUCAUUUUGUUAAUGUAUCUUAUCCAAGACAAUCACCACAAUUUUUACAAGAUGGUCCACCAGAAACAUCUAUUAUGAAUGAUGAAUUUUUACAUGUUAAUGAAUAUCAACCAUCAGGUAGUAUUCGAUCAAUGCCAAAUAUUGCUUUAUCACAAGUCUCACCUCAUCACCUAUAUGGCUCACCUACUUCACGACAUUAUCAUCCUUCUCAACAAAUAUAUGAUGAGCAACAACAACAACAACAAGUACCAUUGACAAAUAUUGAACCAACUGUUGUUCGUUCAGCUACUGUACCUCCAAUGGCACCAACAUCGAAAACUACUCGUUUGGAAACAAGAGAAACAGAUGAAUCAAGUGUAACAUCACUUGAUUUUCCUCAUACGGAUCUUAUUGAUAUUCCUGGUUCAUGGCGAUAUCGAUCAUUACCUGAUGGACGAUCAAUGCCUGUAUCAACAUCAGCAAGACGACAUCGUGCACCAAUACCUCGAUCAUUUUAUGAUCCUCAACAUUAUGCUAGUGAUUCGGAACAAGUCGUACGUUCAUCUAGUUUUCGUCAUCCACAACAACAACAACAACAAUCAUUAGUAAAAUCACGUCCAUUUGGUUCAAUACCAACAAUUAAUGGACCAUUUGAUUCAAUUCGAAGUCAACAAACAAUUCAACUUGCACCAUCAAUUCGUUUAAGUGAAAAAGAUGUUUUAAAAAUCGGAUCAUUUUAUCAAAGUAUCGGUACACUUGUGUAUGUUGCUCGUAGUAUUGCUACACUUUAUACAUCGGAUUUUGAUGCUAUGGCUAAUUUAAAAGAUUGGAAAAAACUUUAUACAGGUGUACCUAUAUGGCUUUUCAAUACGGGCAUGAAUCCUAAAAGAGCUCGUAUUAUUCGUUUAGUAAUAUCAGAACUUGGUUCAAGUUUUACACUUUGGGAUACAAUGGUUAAUGGUGCAUCUGAUGUACGCCUACCAAAGGCACGUCAUAUAACAUUAAAAUCACUUGAAACAGGUACAGUACUUGCAUUAAAAUUUGAUGAUACAAAUGCAACAGAUGAAUUUCAUCAAUAUUUUGUUAAAUUAUCAUCCAAUCCACGUAAUGGUGAUUUAUUUGAUAUAUUUAAUGCAAAACGACGUCCACCUAAUUUUAUUUUACGUAGACGAAGAAUAAAAAAAUCAGCUAUUUCAAAACCAACAGAAUUUAAUCAUAUAAACAAAGUUGAUGAACAUGAUCGAGAUUCAUUAUAUACUUAUUCGGUGCUGGUUGAUAAUGGAGCUCUUAUCAAUUAG